CCUCCUCUUGCUGCUGUACUUCAACCGGCAGUGGCCUCCUCCCUUUCUUUGCUUCUUGUUUUUACCAUUCAUUUGUUUUAAUCCGACGCUUUGCCUUUCAGAUUCAUCCUGCUCACGACGUCGUAUAGGAAUUGUUAUAAUUCAAAUCUGAUUUGGACUUGAAUUCCAUUCGAAGUGUCAAAAUGCCGGAUCAAAUACCAUCUCCAGCCCCAAGAUCCGCCACGGAUCUGUUCUCCGACCCGCUUGACUCUCACCCAAUGUGGUUAAAGCCCUCUCUCUUCCUUUCCCCUGACUUCAACUCUGAAUCGUACAUUGCGGAGCUCCGAACCUUUGUUCCAUUUGACACCCUACGAUCUGAAUUCCAGGCUCAUCUCUCAUCUCUCAACCAUGAACUCAUUGAUCUCAUCAACCGCGAUUACGCCGACUUUGUAAACCUCUCCACCAAACUGGUCGAUGUGGAUUCUGCAGUGCUUCGUAUGCGUGCUCCACUUCUUGAGAUCCGUGACAAGAUCCAAGGCUUUAGGGGAGCUGUUGAGAGCUCACUAACCUCUUUGAAGAAUGGACUGAGCCAACGGGCUGAGGCUACUGCUGCCAGAGAGGUGCUGGAGCUGCUGCUCGACACUUUUCAUGUUGUUUCCAAGGUUGAAAAGCUUAUAAAGGAGCUUCCUAGCGCGUCUUCAGAUUUGUCGAAUGGAGAUGUUGAUUCAAUUCAAAAGAGUAAUGCUUUGAACUCGCAUGUUGAGAAUGGAACAGCAAAUAUCAGAGAGACCCAAAGCAUGCUUCUUGAGAGAAUUGCCAGUGAGAUGAAUCGCCUCAACUUUUAUAUUGCCCAUGCACAGAACCUGCCUUUCGUUCAGAACAUUGAGAAGAGGAUUCUCAGUGCUAGCCAACUGUUAAAUGCAGGCUUGGGACACUGUUUUGUUGAUGGGCUGGAACACAGGGAUGUCACUGCAAUUUAUAAUUGCUUACGUGCUUAUGCUGCUAUUGAUAACACUGGUAAUGCAGAAGAAAUUUUUCGCACAACCAUUGUGGCUCCAUUGAUGCAAAAUGUUAUUCCACAUGGAUCUUCUGGAGUUGUUGCUGGGGCAUCUGGAGAUGAACUUGAGAAUGAUUAUGGACAAAUUAAAAAGCUUAUUGAGAAGGAUUUUAAGUUCUUCCUGGAAAUUGCUUCUGCGGAAAAUUCAGGAUUACAUGUAUUUGAGUUCUUGGCAAAUUCAAUUCUGAAGGAGGUCUUAGAAGCCAUCCAAAAGGGAAAGCCUGGUGCAUUUUCUCCAGGAAGACCUAAGGAAUUCCUCAAAAACUACAAAUCAAGCCUAGAUUUCUUGGCUUAUCUUGAAGGCUAUUGCCCAACCAGAGCUGCUGUUGCCAAAUUUCGUGCAGCGCCUUUUUAUGUUGAAUUCAUGAAGCAGUGGAAUGUUGGUGUUUAUUUCUCGUUAAGGUUUCAAGAAAUAGCAGGUGCUCUGGACUCUGCACUUGCAGCACCUAGUAUUGUUCUUGCCCAAAAUUCUGGUUCUGGUGAAGAAUAUUCUCAGAACUUAACACUUAAACAAAGUGUUACUCUUUUGGAUAGCUUGAGAUCCUGCUGGAAUGAAGAAGUUCUUGUCCUUUCUUGUUCUGACAAGUUUCUUCGCUUGUCCCUGCAGCUUCUCUCAAGAUACUCAAAUUGGUUGUCCUCUGGAUUGGCUGCACGGAAGAAGGGUAGUGCUGGCUCCAACCCUGGAUGUGAGUGGGCUCUUUCAGCUGCUUCAGAUGAUUUUGUUUAUGUUAUUCAUGACAUAAAUUGUAUCUCCAAGGAGAUUUCUUGUUCUUACCUUGAUCAUGUACUUCAUGUUCUAUCUUCAUGUUCUGCUGAAGUCCUUGACCUCGUAAAGCAGAGCAUUUUGUACUGUGGAAAAUCAUUGGAUGAUUUGUUACCCUUAGUUAUCAACACAAUUAAAGAGGCUUUAGUUCAGAAGUCUGUUGAGGACUUGAGACAGCUGAAGGGUAUAACUGCAACUUAUAGGAUGACAAACAAACCUCUUCCUGUCAGACAUUCACCUUAUGUGGCAGGAGUAUUGCGCCCAUUGAAGACUUUCCUGGACGGUGAACAAGCUACAAAGUAUUUGACAAGCAAUGCGAGGAAUAAUGUACUGCUAGGUACUGCAACAGACAUAACUACUCGCUUAUGAAUAGCUGCUGACCUCGUC